AUGACCACAUCACCACAAGCACAGACCCCCGUCGUGCAGAACAGCAGGCUGCUGUCACUCCCGCUCGAGCUGAGGCAUAUCAUCUACGCCCAGAUGAUUCAGAACGAAGGCGUACACGUCGAUCUCUCUUCGCCGGGCAUUUCCAGGCUCCUAGCCAACCAAGGAACGCGACUUGACGCAACUCCGAGAACGUUGCACCCUCCUCGUGCGGCACUCAUCUGUCGGGCGAUCUGGGACGAGUUCCAGGAGUUCAUGAAGACCAAGCCAGCCCUCGCUGCGGUGAGUUAUGUCUUUCACAUCAGGAACUUCGAGCUCGACGUGAUGGACAUCCCUCAAGAGGUUAACGUGCGGAACAGCAGAGUCAUCUUCCGGAUCUUGAUUGAUGAGAUCGAUGAGACACGUGCUAUACCGCUGCUGCAGAGUCUCAUCGGGAAGGCGGCCUUUUUUCGACAGCGCGGGCACUCCGAUGUUCGGUUCGCAGUCCACCUGGGCGGCUUAAUACUCGACAUGGACCGCCUGAAGCAAAUUUUGCUGAAGGUCAGGCUUCUCUUGAGGGAAGACAAAAAGCAGGCUGGCAUGGAGGAUGUGAAGUUUUUGGGGACCAUGCUGACACGAUUCGAGAGAGCAUUGAUGGAGGCGAUGAGGCGGGAAUGGGUGGAGCGCCAGGAGAACGAGGGAGAGACCAGGAAGGCUGAAGGCAAGACCAGAGCGUUUUUUGCGUCCUUGCCGUUCUGCAAACAGAUGAUAAGUCCGAACGUAUAG